CUGGAGCAACAUGUAAAUGAAGAAGAAGAAGCGGAGGAGGAAGAAGAAGAAGAGGACGAAGGCUGGCUCCUAAAAUCCUGCCUAAAGGCUGAAACACAUUGCCGUCGCCAGGCAGUGGUUGGGUGCUCUCAAAAGGGACGCUACAAUGGAGUUUCUCUUGCACACCAAUAUAAAAAAGGAGCUUUUCCGUGCGCUCUGCACCGCUCUCCUCUUCCUCUUCACAACAUCUGCAGAGGAAGGCGCUAAUGUAAAAAGCACCCAGUGUCACAACUACGCGGGAGGAAACGUCUAUCCUGGAGAGGCUUUCCGCGUGCCUGUGUCUGACCAUUCCCUGCACCUCAGCAAAGCCAAGAUUUCAAAGCCCGCGCCACACUGGGAAGGAACAGCCGUCAUUAACGGUGAAUUCAAGGAGGUGAAGCUGUCCGACUACAAAGGCAAAUAUCUUGUCUUUUUCUUCUAUCCACUGGACUUCACAUUUGUCUGCCCCACUGAGAUCAUUGCAUUCAGCGAUCGUGUGCAUGAGUUUCAAGCCAUCAAUACAGAAUUGGUCGCUUGUUCUGUCGACUCCCAGUUUACCCACCUGGCCUGGAUCAAUACGCCCAGGAAGCAGGGUGGACUUGGACAAAUGAAAAUCCCUCUGUUGUCUGACCUCACUCACCAGAUUUCAAAAGACUACGGAGUCUACCUGGAGGACCAGGGACACACACUAAGAGGACUCUUCAUCAUAGAUGACAAGGGCAUCCUGAGGCAGAUCACCAUGAACGAUCUUCCGGUGGGAAGAUCUGUGGAUGAGACUCUGCGGCUUGUGCAGGCCUUCCAGUACACUGACAAACACGGAGAAGUGUGUCCAGCAGGGUGGAAGCCAGGCAGUGACACAAUCAUUCCCGACCCUUCAGGCAAGCUGAAGUAUUUUGAUAAACUCAAUUGAUCUGUGUUCCUGUUGUCCCAGUCUGUGACAUCCUGCACUUACUGAAAAUCCAAAUAAAAUGCGUUUUCAUAAAA